UGCGGCGGGCCGGGAGGAUGCAACCGGACCUCCCCGUUGGCGACGCGGCUCUGCGCAGCCCGCCGGCCACCGAGCCGGCCGGUGCCCCCUUCCCCAGCCCCGAGGCCACCAAACCGCCCUACAGCUACAUCGCCCUCAUCGCCAUGGCCAUCCAGAGCGCGCCCGAGAAGCGCAUCACCCUCAGCGGGAUCUACCGGUACAUCAUGGGCCGCUUCACCUUCUACCGGGAGAACAAGCAGGGCUGGCAGAACAGCAUCCGCCACAACCUCUCCCUCAACGAGUGCUUCGUCAAAGUGCCCCGCGACCACCAAAAACCCGGCAAGGGCAACUACUGGACCCUCGACCCCGACUGCUACAACAUGUUCGAGAACGGCAGCUUCUUGCGGCGCCGCCGGCGUUUCACAAGGAAGAGGGGGCUGCGGGAGGACGAGGGGGACGAGGGGCGCGGGAAGCCCCCCAGGCAGCGAGCGCGGGGGACAGUGCCCGAGGAGGGGAAGGCGGAGGGGGGCUGCUCCAUGGGGCACCCACCGAGCCCCACCGCGCUGCCCGAGGGUGCUGGGGUGCCGGGGUGCGCCCAGCCCUCUGCCCGGCGGCAAGCCCCCAAGGGCGAGCAGCCCUGCCUGUACCUGCCGGACACGCCGCAGCCCAAGGGGUCGUUUUUGGUCCCCCCGGAGAGCCACCCACCCAAGGAGACUGCCUGCGGGGUGCUCCCGGCCGCGCUGCAGCUGCCCCGGCCAGGUCAGUACCCGCUGCCCGGCGAGCGCUCAGCACCGCACCCUGCCCUGCUGCCCACCCUGCUGCCCACCCAGCCCAGGGACACCCCCCAGGACUGUCCAGCCACCCCAGGCACCCCCCCGAGGCAGCUGGAAGGCGAGGAGCCCGUCACUCCUGGGCUGGGACCCGGCCAGCCCUUUGGGCAGGUGCCUCCCGCCUUCCCCGGCAGCCUCCUGGGCACGGGCAAGCCCCCCCCGUCCUGUUUCCUGGAAGGGGAGGGCUACUCGCAGCCCCCCCUGCCCGUUUUCGGCUCCUUCGGCCGGCCGGGGCCCGAGGGGCUGGGCAGCCGGUACCAGUGCCGGGUGCAGGCGCUGAGCUUCUGCGUGCAGGAGCGGCCCUGCGGCCCUUCGCUGGAGCAGCUCCUGGCCGUGACCCCCCCUGCCCCCGCCGCCCCCCGCCAGACCCCCUUCGGGGCCGUGGGGCCACGGGCGGGAGAGCCGAAGGAGCCUUGGGGGCCGGGAGGGCCGAUCCCGCUGCAAGGGGGCAACGGCUACGCCUUGGGGGUGCCCCCCUGCCUCUACCGCACCCCCGGCAUGUUCUUCUUCGAAUGAGGGACUGACCCCCCCCGGACACCCGCG